AUGCAAACUGAUUGGUCAAAGGAUGAUCCAAUCGACUUCAAAAGAGAUCAACAAGGGUGAGAUAUUCAGACGUUUUAAUUUUAAGGGAGUAAAUUAUUAAUUUAGUAAAAUAAAUGACUAAUUCUGUGUAACAGGUCAUUUGUGCCAGAAAGACCAGACUCCCCAUCACUCAGUAACGUAUCAAUUCAAACUGAUUGGUCAAAGGAUGAUCCAAUCGACUUCAAAAGAGAUCAACAAGGGUGAGAUAUUCAGACAUGUUUUAAUUUUAAGGGAGUAAAUUAUUAAUUUAGUAAAAUAAAUGACUAAUUCUGUGUAACAGGUCAUUUGUGCCAGAAAGACCAGACUCCCCAUCACUCAGUAACGUAUCAAUUCAAACUGAUUGGUCAAAGGAUGAUCCAAUCGACUUCAAAAGAGAUCAACAAGGGUGAGAUAUUCAGACAUGUUUUAAUUUUAAGGGAGUAAAUUAUAAAUUAAGUAAAAUAAAUGACUAAUUCUGUGUAACAGGUCAUUUGUGCCAAAAAGACCAGACUCCCCAUCACCCAGUAACGCAUCACUGCAAACUGAUCAGUCAAAGGAUGAUCCAAAUGACCUUAACAGAGAUCAACAAGGGUGAGAUAUUCAGACAUAUUUAAAUUUUAAAAGACCACAUCAAUAAAUUGAAUACAUAACGAGUAAAAUAAUUGUGCGUAACAGGUCAUUUGUGCCACAAAGACCAGACUCCUCAUCACCCAGUAAUGCAUCAUGGUCAAAGGAUGAUCCAAUCGACUUCAAAAGAGAUAAACAAGGGUGAGAUAUUCAGACAUGUUUUAAUUUUAAGGGAGUAAAUUAUAAAUUAAGUAAAAUAAAUGACUAAUUCUAUGUAACAGGUCAUUUGUGCCACAAAGACCAGACUCCCCAUCACCCAGUAACGUAUCAAUGCAAACUGAUUGGUCAAAGGAUGAUCCAAUCGACUUCAAAAGAGAUCAACAAGGGUGAGAUAUUCAGACGUUUUAAUUUUAAGAGACUACAUCAAUUAAUGGAAAAAAUAACAUGAGUAUAAUAAUUGUGUGUAACAGGUCAUUUGUGCCAAAAAGACCAGACUCCCCAUCACCCAGUAACGCAUCAAUGCAAACUGAUCAGUCAAAGGAUGAUCCAAUCGACUUCAAAAGAGAUCAACAAGGGUGAGAUAUUCAGACAUAUUUUAGUAACGCAUCAAUGCAAACUGAUCAGUCAAAGGAUGAUCCAAUCGACUUCAAAAGAGAUCAACAAGGGUGAGAUAUUCAGACAUAUUUUAAUUUGAACUCAUUCAGUGCCAAUGAUGGAUUUGGACAGAUUUUUUUAAAUUUGCCCUGAGUGACAUUUAUGGAUUUUGACAGAUUUUUCAUGUUUUACUUGUCCUCAGCAAGAGGGCGCUUAUCCUCAACACUUGACAAAGUUGACAAAAGUCCAAGUUACAAUAAUAAAAACAAGUACUAACCAGUGAGAAAUGUACCAUUAAGUGUGCCAAUUAGCCAAUUUUUGGGCUCAAGGAAGAACAUUUAUGAUCAUUUUCUCAUGGAAACGCAAUCAGACCGAGACGCUAAGGCAGAAGAACUCCCACGUCUGCAGUGCAAAAUGAUCAUUUUGAUGAUUAUUCCUUCAAGGAAAUGAUAAAAUAAUGAUCAUAAAUAAGAACAGGUAGACAUUUCAAAAUAAAACAGGAAAUGACAAGACAACAUGACAGGAUGAGGGUAAUGCAUUUCGGCUUAUUCAUGUCUUUAAGUAAAAAGCAAUAUGCAGAAAAUAGCAGUAGAUUAAAAAAUAAUAAUUGAUAAUAAUUGUUUUUAUCGUUAUUAUAUUUCUUUUUGUCUUUGAGAUCGGACUCCAGGACUCCAAAAAAGUCACAGGUGGAUCCUCCAGACCUCGGAGAAGGACAUCAUGGUAAGAUUUUUCUUUUUUUUUAAUUAAUUAGUUAAUCAAAUUAAUUAAUUAAGUAUACCACUUGUUCUUGAUCUCAUGAUGUCCAGCCAAGCAGGAUCUAGAGGCUUUCAUGAUAAACCUUGAUACCUUUAUGUCUCAGGAAAUUAUUAGGUAGUUAAUGUUUAAUGAAAUAAGGAGAAAAUAGCAUGUCAUACUUAGUGCUUGAAGUGCAAGGGCUCUAUUUUCGCGUCCGCCGGUGAGGCGGCGGAGGGUGGCAGACCCUGUGCAGUGGUAUUUCCGUCUGGCAGAGCCCGGCGUACAGCCAGUUUGGUAUUUUCGUGGACUGAGGCACACAGAGGUCCGCCAAGCUGGGCGUGGUGGCGAGGCAGGGGGAGGUGUCGACAGAAUCAGCUGGCGGAUUGAAACCUGGUCAGCUUUCAGUGCAGGCGGAGCGCAGCUGGUCUAGUGGUCUUUUGGUAGACCUGCGGCGUAUCAGCAUACGUCACCGAUGAAUCACCGGCAGGUUUCCACAGUGUCAGGCACAUAUCAGUGCAAUUAAUAAUCAACAACUAAUAAUCUGAGUCAGCACAUACAUUUAGAUCUAUAUAGUUAUAUUCUGAUCUAUAUCUGAUCUGAUGAGUGCAUUUGGCACACGUUUGGACACACAACCUGACCAAAACAACACAGCUGAAACCGCAUUAAAUUGAAUUAAAUAUCUAGUAAGUAGACACACAUGAUGAAGUGAACAAGAUAUGUAAUUUGUCUCCCGCCUUUUCUUUCUUCCUCUUCCUCCUAUUUCUCGCACAGCUUGACUUGGACAUGUCUCUGUGUCCUCUCCCCGUCCUGCUGCAGCUGCGGCUGAACAGAUGAUUUGUUUCAGUGAUCAGAUGAGUUAUUUACUUUAAGCCUACAUACGAAUAUUAUAAUAUUCAGUUUUGUGAGUCAAAUUUAUUUUAUAUGCCAACAUCUAUGACAGAAAGAGCCAGGCCACGGAGCGCGAUGCGUCAUUUACGCACAGAUGGUUCAGAUUUUAAUGCCAUUAUUGGAAUUUAUGGUGUGAUCUGUGCGCACAACCCACCUUUGUCACGUGAGGUUUGAAUAAAUGCAACUUUAUGCGAUUGUCUUUAUUCGUGUUUGUCUUACCAGUGGGUCCAACAUUACACACACCAAAUCCAUCUGUGCUCAUAUGAGAGAGUGUGGAGGAUGCUCAAUGCGGCGCUUACAGUGACACUUGUUGAGGGGCUGCCUUCUGUUGCAUCGUGUGGCAUUACUGUCUUCAGACAUCUCUUGAUCUCUUUGACUACUAAUCUAAGAAAAUUGUUAUACGCCUAGCCGGUGGCGGAUUUAAAGGCAAGAACAGGAGCUUAUGUGAUUGGUGAAAACAGGUCUCGGCUUUGUUAAACCCACUCCACGCCCUCUGUCCUCCCUUGCUAUGACUUACGCCGCUGGGAGGAGCUGAGUUUGGCAAGGGGGAUACUUACGCCGGGCUGCGCUACUCACCAAAAUACCAAAUUGUGCUUGGGAACGCCUUGUCGGCGCGGCGGACCUCACUUAAGCCACGCAUGCGCAGCGUCGCCAGUGAGGCACGGAAAUAAAGCCCCAAGUGUUAAGAAUGAUAAGAAUCCUAUGGUGUUAUGUUGUAGUGUGUGAAGAGAAUUGUAUUGACCAAGAAAAGACAGAAAUGUGAUCCAACUGAUGAAAGAAAAAGAAGUCAUUAGCUUUACCCUUUUAUGCUCACAUUAACAUGUUGAAACAAUCCGUGUCAAUAAACAAUAUAUGUAAAGAGCAAGCAGCAGCCUUUAGUCUCAAGAAAUAAAGCCAUAGUGCCGAAAAAGUACCAUUCUCUGAGCUCCCACUUGAGACUGGCUGCUAAAGAACUGUAAACCACACACAUGCAAAACAGUCCAUAAGUACAAAUGUUACAUAGUUGCUAGUCUGUUUUAUCACUGAUAACAUGCUGAUAUGUUUUCUCAAUGCAGGAACUGUAGACAAAUGGAAGAACGUGAUACCAAGCCUCAAAAAACGGCUAAAAAAAACCCUUCAGAAAGAAGACCAAAGCCAUCCCAACCAGAGAAAUACAGAACUUGUCAUGAGAAAAGACAAAACACUUAAGACAUAUACUCCAGUGAGUUCAGUGUCUGACAUUUUCAAAGAUUCAGAAGGAAAAACAAUCAGAACUGUGCUGACUGUUGGGGAGGCUGAUAUUGGUAAAUCCUUCCAUGUGCAAAAAUUCAUAAAAGGGUGGGCCGAAGGGAAGUCAUUUUUUACUUGGGCUUUAAAUAAAGUGACAUCCCGUGGGGGCUCAACUGAGAGUGAAAGAGAAGUAAUAUUUCCCUUUAAUGGAGCUGAGCUUAAUUCAUUGAAAGGGAAACAGUUCUCUUUUGAGGGACUCCUCCAACAUUUCUUCCCGGAAACUAAAGAAAUAGUCAUCUCUAACUUCAAACAGCUUAAAGUUCUCUUUGUCUUGGAUGGACUGGAUGCUCUUGAACCUGCUCUUGACUUCAACAAUGACGACAACACUGUAAAAGAUGUCAGCCAGCUAGCUUCAGUUAAUGUGUUACUGACAAGCCUCAUCAGAAGACACUUGCUCCCUUCUGCUCAGCUCUGGAUAACGUCCCGACCAUCAGCGGCCACUCAGCUACCUGAUUCCUGUGUGGACAGGAGGACAGAAAUCAGAUGUGAGUUUAUUGAUGUAGACUAAAGAUGUUAAAAGACAGCUUUAUGAAUAUGGCUGUAUUUAUACCCACACAUUGAGCUGGAUAGUCAGUAUUAGAUAAGGAUUAAAUGCCCUAAAAAAGAAAACAUGCACACUUGAAUGUGUCUAGAUAGAAGCCUAAGAUCAACAGUAAAACUUAAAAUCGCCUUUACAAUAGCAAUGUGCCACCAUUGAACAUUAAGUAUUGAAAGUUGAUAUCAGAUGUAUAUUUUGUGUAAAAUCAUGUUUAAUAAAUGCAAUCUAACUUGUUUUUUCUAGACAAAGAAGUCAAACACCGGCUCACAGCAGACCACAAGACGAGGAUCCUCAGUCAGCAUGAAAGCAGACUGAAAGGACAGAAAACUGACACAGAAGUCUAUGAGAUAGAUGUGUCUAAAAACGAGGAAACAAAGGUCCAAACUUGGGAUGCGCUAUUCUUAAAUUCAAGUAAAAAAGAGAUCCGAACAGUGCUGAUGAAGGGAGUCCCUCAUGUUGGUAAAACACAUCAGACAGUGAGUUACAUGGUGGACUGGGCUAAGACAAGAACUACCAAAAACAUGGACUUUGUAUUGCCAUUUGAUUUUAGUGAACUGAAUUCAAAAAGAGAUCAAAGCAUGAAGGAUCUGCUUCAGCAGUCCCUCAAUCACACCAAUAAAUCUGGAGAUUGCAAUUACAAUAAGUGCAAAAUCCUUUUUCUCCUUGACGGCCUGGAAAAAUGUAAACUUCCUCUGGAUUUUGAGAAGAACAAGGACCUGACUGACAUAGAGGAGCAAGCCUCGAUGGAUGUGCUGCUGACAAACCUGAUCAAGGGGUGUUUGCUUCCCUCUGCUCUCAUCUGGAUCAUCACUCAACCUUCAGGAGCUGGGAAGAUUCCUACUGACUAUAUCCAGAAAGUCACAGAGUGUCAAGGUAGAAUUUAGACACAUAAAUCAUUUUAGUAUUCCUGUUCUGUUUCAUCUGUGGUAUAUUUAAUUUUGAUGAAAAAAACAAGAGAUUUCUGCCAAAGCAGCACAUGUGCUUGACAUACAGACUGCACUGAGCCACAAAGAACAGGAAAUUGCUGUUUCAGUUAAACUAUCUGAAUAGUAAAUGAUAUUUGAUUGGUUUUGUUGGUGUCCCAGUCAUUUGAACCCCUGUUUAAGUCCCCCAUGGACAGACAUGUCAAAUGGGACGAUGGAAAAAUGCUGUUUUAUAGUUUUUUUUUUAUUUCAGCAACACAUUUUCAAAAGAUUUGACAGGAUGUCUCCCAUUGUGAUAAAUUACCUUAACACCCUGUAAAUGUGGGAACUGAGAAGACUAGUCUCUAGUUUGAAGUGAAUUAUUGUCCCAUUCUUGCCUCAAUGAGGAUUUUAGGUGCAGAACAUUUAAAGGUAUCCUUUGCUAAACCUCAUGCUCCUCUACUGCACUGUCACGCUGUAGUUAUUUGUUGAAUUAUAGUUUGGCAUUGUCUCAUGGAAAUCUGCAAAGUCCUCUCUGAAAAAUAUCAUUGUCUGCAUGGUAGAAUAUGAUGGUCCAUACCCUUUGUAUAAUGUUAAUGCUCUCCAAGAUGUGUAAACUCCACAUGCCAUGGACACUAAAACACCCCGGUACGAUCUUGGAUGCAGGCUUUACAACUAUUUGUUGAAGAAAAGCUGAAUGGUCCCACUCCUCUGUAGUUCAGAGGAUACUGUGGUCAUGAUUUCCAAAAGCAAAGGUCAUAUUUUAAUGUGUCAGAUCACAGGACACUCCAGUUCCCAGUCCUCUAUGCAUACAAAGGCAAACAUUUAACCUCUAUUUGUGGAUGCAGCAAUUACCUCUGUUCACAGACAAUGAUUUUUAGAGGUGAUUGUGAGACCAUGCAUUGAUGAAGUGUUUCUUGGGAGCCUAAAGAUCACUGCCAUUGUGUUGUUUCAUUGUCCCUGUCCCAACCUCUUCAAAAUGUGUUGCUGUUACCCCUAUUUAAGGAUUAACCUUUGGGAUUACUUUUGGUCUUUAUUCACAGAUAGAGGGCAGUAUAUCAAACGUGAAACAGGGGAGAGAGUGGAGGAUGAACCUGCAUGUCAUCUCCCCUGGCAUUUGUGGGGCAUGCUUUUCAUGCUAGGCUAUUGGCACCCCGCUCUAAUCAUAUAUGAGCAUAUACUUCAUUAAAACAACAUUUUUCAUCAGUUUCAACAUAUACCUUGUCUUUGCACCUUUUUCAAUCAAAUUUAAUUUGCAAACCAUCAAUAUCUGUAUUCAUCAACAUUUGACAUGCCUUCCCUUUUUUCUGGGGUAAUUGGAUUGUAGUUUUAACACAAGAAAUAUAUUUAAUGCACUAGUUAUCUGUAGUUUUGGUAUUGGUUAACAAGGAGAUCAUUACUUUGUGAUGAAGCAUGGUGAUACAAUUUGCAUCCUUUAUCAGCACAGAAUGAUGUUUUUUUUUCUCCCAGAGACCUUGGAGCGGCGGAAAAAGCUGAUAUCAAAGCUCAAAGAAAGAUUCAAGGAAAACAUACGAAAUGCAGACCUAACUCAUUCCAACCAGGAAAACACAGAGCACGUCAUGAGGAAAGAGAAAAGAAGUGAAAACACUGAUGAAGAGGAUGGCAAACGGGAAAUAUCAUUGACUCAAGUGACUGCAAUUUCUGAUCUCUUCAAAGGUGAAGGCAAACAAAAAGUCAGAAAUGUCCUGACUACAGGUGUGGCAGGGAUCGGAAAAUCUUUCCACUCAGAGCAAUAUAUUAAAGAGUGGGCUAAUCCAGAGUCACGUUAUGAUAGGAUGAAAAAUUAUUUUAAGUCUUUCUGGGGAGCAGCUAAAGAUGAUACUGUUAUAUUUCCUGUUGACCUCACAAAACUUAGAAUGAUAAGAGAGAAAAAAGUCAGUCUGUUGGGACUCCUCCAACAUUUCUUCCCGGAAACUAAAGAAAUAGUCAUCUCUAACUUCAAGCAGCUUAAAGUUCUCUUUGUCCUGGAUGGACUGGAUGCUCUUGAACCUGCUCUUGACUUCAACAGUAACGACAACACUGUAAAAGAUGUCAGCCAGCUAGCUUCAGUUAAUGUGUUACUGACAAGACUCAUCAGAGGAGACCUGCUCCCUUCAGCUCAGCUCUGGAUAACGUCCCGACCAUCAGCGGCCACUCAGCUACCUGAUUCCUGUGUGGACAGGAGGACAGAAAUCAGAGGUGAGUUUAUUGAUGUAGACUAAGGCUGUUAAAGACGUUACAUUUUAAAUGAGCAUAUCCUAAUUCAUCCAGUAGUCAUUCAUUUUGUUGCUGACUGUCAGAAGUUCUGCAGGGAAAGCACAUGGAAGUUAACUUGAAAACUAAUAAAUACAACGUAAAUCCGAAAUUAAAAGCUGCUAUAGAAGCAGACCAGCAGGAUGAGGGCGAUAAAUCAAAUAAUGAUAUUUAAUUAAAGUGAUUUGUUUAGUCUCUUCUUACAAUGGCUUACCAAAAAAGAGCUAGUACUUAAAAACAAACUGCAAACACAACAACCAAAUUCAUGAUGCUGUAGUUUGUAUUUUCCUUAAUUACACCAUAAACUGUUACUGACUUGCUUCCUCACUUUAAAACACGUCUCUUUUUUGCAACAGACAAGCCUGAUCUUGUAAGUCAACGGGAGCUCAAAUCUCAGCUAAAGGAGCAAUUUACCCGUGUGACUAUGGGGGUGGCCACGCAGAAAACCUCUGCUCUGCUGAAUGACAUCUACACAGACCUCUACAUCACAGAGGGUGAAAGAGGAGAGGUGGAAACUGAGAGUGAGACCAAACAGAUAGAAGGUGCAAAGUUCAAACCACAAACAUCCAUUAAGUAUCACACCAUCUUUGAACCUACGGAAGGGAAAAAUAUACCCAUUAGGUCUGUGCUUACAACAGGACUGGCAGGCAUCGGAAAGUCAUUUGCCACAAUGAAAUACAUGCUUGACUGGGCUGAGGACAAAUCCCACAAAGACAUUUUUUUCAUGUUUCCACUCUCUUUCCGGGAGCUGAAUUUGAAGAAAGAAGAAACACACAGUUUGGAGGAACUUAUUCACAGUUUCUUUCCAGGAAUGAAGACAUCUGAAAUAAAAGACUACGACAAGUACAAGAUCCUGAUUGUCCUGGAUGGUUUCGAUGAAUGUCGCCUUGAUCUUAUCUUCACUGAAGAUGACAGUUGCACUGAUGUGAGGGAGCAAACCCCAGUGAAGGUUCUGCUGGCAAACCUUAUUCAAGGCAAUCUGCUCUCCAAAGCUCAAAUCUGGAUCACCUCCAGACCUGCAGCAUCCAACAGUAUCCCUACCGAUAAAGUUGACCGGGUCACAGAGGUGCGAGGAUUCAAUGAUGAACAGAAAGAGGAGUACUUCAGAAGAAGAUUUGAUGAUAAGGAUUUGGCUGAGAAAAUCUUAACACAUGUCAAAGCCUCAAGGACUUUGUAUAUCAUGUGUUACAUCCCCAUCUUCAGUUGGCUCACAUCAACUGUCCUGGAGGACUUUGUGGUAAGAAAAGAAGAAGGUAAGAUGCCCAGCACUUUGACAGACAUGUACAUACACUUUCUUUUGUUACAAUGCCGGCUGGCAAAUGAUAAGUACUACAAGGAUGGGAUGAGUGAGGAGAGUAAAACAGACUCAUGCUGGAACCCAAGAAACAAGACUACAGUGUUUUCUCUGGGAAAGUUGGCCUUUGAAGGGCUGAAGUCUGGAGACCUUGUCUUCACUGAAGCCACCUUGGACAGCUGUGGCAUUGACAUCACAACAUCUGCAGUGUUUUCAGGUGUUUUCACUCAGAUUAAACGAGAUGGCAUUGGGGUGGAGGAACAGAAACUGUUCUGCUUUGUCCAUCUGAGCAUUCAGGAGUUCCUGGCAUCUUUUCAUGUGUUUCACACCUUCAAUAACAGUGGUGAGAAUCUGCUAACUGAACCCCCUUCAACAGUCCCGGACUUGACAGCAUCAGCCUUUUACAAAACAGCUGUGGACAAGGCUUUAGAUAGCAAAAAUGGAGACUGGGAUUUGUUCCUCCGCUUCCUGCUUGGACUGUCUCUGGAGAAAAAUCAGAAUCUGCUGCAAGAGCUGCUGAAGAAGACAGAAAAUAAUGAAGAGACGAAUAAGGAAACAAUCGAAUACAUCAAAGAAAAAGUCAGAGAAGAGAAGAGUGAUGCUGAUCAAAACUUCAAUCUUUUCCACUGUCUGAAUGAGCUGAAUGACAAGUCCCUUGUGGAUGAAGUGAAGAAGCGUCUGCGCUCAGAAACAGUCACAUUUGAAAACUUCUCCACAUCCCAGUGGUCAGCUCUGACCUUUGUGCUGCUGACUUCAGAUGAAAACCUUGACGAGUUUGAUCUGAAAAAGUACUGGAAAUCAGAGAAAGUACUCCUGGGAAUGUUGCCAGUGGUCAAAGUUGCCAAGACUGCUCUGUGAGUACCAUGAAAAUCUCUCAUAAAGAUCCUUAUGUGACUGUGUUACCUUGAUAUAAACUUCAUAUGAAGUAAAUGUACCAGAGGCUGUUUCACUGUGUACACAGGAGCCAAGGGACUGAGUAGGUUUCUCCACAUUCCUGUUUCUACCUGCACAAAAUCUGGCUCUUAAUAUUAGCACUCAGCCUUGUUCUUUUCUGUUUACUUUGGCAAAAUGCAAACCAGGAAAAUCCAAACUAAAGUUAUAAAAAUGACGUAAACCGCUGGACAGCACCACAUUCAGUGGGUAGUCAUCAGAAGUGCUGUAACAAAUAAAUAAUCUUUGCCAUCCUACCACAUGUCCUAAACCAAAGUAUGGUUUUCUGAUUGCAAUAUCUUCACAGGCUGAGUUGGUGUGAGCUCACUGCUGAAUCCUGCAACGGCCUCAAAUCUUCAAUCCUCACCACUGCAUCCUGUAACCUCACCGAGCUGGACCUGAGUCAUAAUGACCUGCUAGACUCAGGGGUGGAACCCCUGGCUGAAGGCCUAAAAAAUUUGCACUGUAAACUGAAGAUUCUCAAGUAAGUGUGCUUUACAUUUACUUCACACGGACAGGACCAAGAGCUUCUAAGUGUACUUAUUUAAAAAGACCACACUUUGGUAAAGUAGAAUAAAUGAAGGGGAGCACAGUAACCAUCACAGAAAAAAAAAAGAAUUAUUGAAUAAUGUUCCUCUGUGCUUACUGUGCAGUUAACUCUUGGAAGCACAUCUCACAAGGUUUAGGAAGUGCUAAGGUAUGGGAAUAAUAAUCAAAAAUACAUGCACAAGUUAUUUUGGAGAACUGUGGUUUAGUUUACUGAAAUUAAAGCAAGUUAUCAACAUUAAAAUUUAAAAUUUUGUUCUUUACACUACAAGAACUUUAUUUGUUCCUACAGGAGAAUUCACUUGUCUGGAAUCUCAGAUAAACUACAUUUAAACAGUUAUAAACUGACUUGCCCAGUGGUGGUAAGGCAGUGGCUGUAGAGGCUUCUUUGACGUUGGCAUACAGCAGGUCCAGGCUUUUGCUUUCUCUGGUAGGACAGUUAACAAACUGUGAAAAUUCAGUCAGGUGAGAGGAGAGGGUGACAUGGUUGAAGUCUUCUGAUAUUAUUAUUAGUGCCUCAGGGUGUUGAGUCUGUAUCCUAGCAACAGUAUCAUGGAGAACAUCACACAGAACUUCAGCCGUUGCCUUUGGGAAGAUGUAUACAAGUAUUGUUACAAUAUGACUGAACUUCCUUGGAACAUUACAUAGCCAAAGAGCAACUGCCAACAAUUUAAUAGCUGGACAACACAUUUUCUCUUUAACAGUUAUGUGUGAAGGGUUACAUCAUCUUUGGUUGAAAAACCUCCUCCUUUCUUCUUGCCACUAGCUUCAGCAUCUCUGUCUGAUCUUAUGAGAGUGAAGCCAGGUAGAUCCACACUGGAGUCCUAGUUGUUUUGAUUCAACCAGGUAAACCAGUAAAACACAAGAGACAGCACUCACAGUAUGCGUUCUUAGCCUUCACCUAUAUCUCCAGCUCAUCAAGUUUCCAAUGAUGAUUGAUGGAAGAAAGGGUUUAUACCUUCACCUUCUAUCAUUCAAUUUUGCCUUUAUCUUUACACCAGCACAGAAACCAUGAAAACAGCUCUGGAUGUCUGCUGGAAUUGGAUUUUGUCCAGAUUUGCACUGUCCCAAUGAAAAGAGCUCUUCUCUUAAACAAACUUUUCUCCCAGCAGAAAUAUCCAUCAGUAGUUGACAAAAUAUGAUAAAGAUAUUUUAAAGAGAGAGAAAUUUUUCAAAAAAGAUUAUUUUUUUUCAAAUAUGUAGAAACAUUUUUAAGUUACUUUAAAGUCACUUUCUCUAAAGAAUUCAGUCAUGGCAAAAUAAUUUCCUCAGGAAAAUAAAGAAAUCAUCUGCAAAACCUUUUAUUUAGUCCUCAUGAUGCUGUUUUGAAGGAGGAUGCCUCACAUCUCAGCUCUAUUCACAGUCUUCCUCCUGUCCUGAUACUUGUAACAGUAUGGUGCUGAGAUGCAAAAAUUAUGAAGCACAGAUUUCUUGUUUUGGUGCAGGAAGGUGGAUGCUCACCAUGAAGAAAAACUAAGACUUGGACACAACUUUAUUCUUGUAAUUUUAUGACUCUUUCACAACUUUGUUUUUCCAACGUCAAAUUAUGAGCAUACAUUUUUUGCCAACAAAGCUGAUUGAGAUUCUAAAUCUGAACGAUAUGACUUUAAACUUAAGGUAUCAUUACAACUUGUAAAAUGUAGGGUUGAAAUUAUGUAUGUUUUCAUCAACAUUUCACGCAGCCAAACUUUUCUAGAAUUUCAGAUGUUUCCAUGUUUUUUAUUUGCAGGUUGUCAGGCUGUCAGGUGACCGAGAAAGGCUGCUCACUCUUGGCCUCAGCACUCAAGUUUAACACAGCCUCCAACCUGGAAGAGUUAGAUCUAAGUUACAACUACCCAGGAACUAACGGGGAGAGAGAGCUCUUUGCUAUAGUUGAGGAUUCAAAUAACAGCUUGAAGACACUCUGGUGGGUAAAGCUAUCAUGAUAUGUAGAAGUAUUCCGGUCUAUUUUCAACAACUCCAUUGUUGUAUAAUCAGAACUGAACUCGUGCCUAUAGUCUAAUGUGAAAACAACCAAAAUCUCAUCUGUUAAAUGUUUAGGGAUAUUUCAGCAUAAGUUUAAGCCAUGGUCAAACACAUCAUAACACAGAGUUAGACCCCACCUCGUAAGAUGAAUGUUGCCGACCACUUGCUUCUCUAGCUCCUCCAACUUCAGUCAAGACCGCAUGAUAGCAAUACGCAGCAGUGUAUGUCUCCACGCGCAAACCGCAACCAAAAUAGCCACUCGUAGCCACAAAAAAUGGCCAGAGCAGCACCUAACUUCAUCAAGAGUAAAUAUAGGGUCCCAGCCAUGGUAUUAGCCAUCAAACAUCUUUUCAGCUUUGCCUGGUUUCUUCAGCAAAGAGACCACACACAACUCACCCACUCUCUUCCAGCAGCCGCCUUAUUGUGGAGGAGCCCUGACAAGUUGAUCACCGAGUGCAGCGGAGUUUCGCAGCUCAAGGGGGAACAUGUUGUGUUUAGUCUCUUUGCCCGAGGUGUGCAUGUGGAGACAUACACCGCUGUGUAUUGCUAUCGUGCAGUCUUGGCUUAAGUUGGUGGAACUACAAAAGCAAGCGGUUGGCAAAAUUGAUCUCUAACUUGGUAUUAUAUAUAUAUUUUUGGUUUUUUUUACCCUGGCUUAAACUAAUGCCAGAAUAUCCCUUUAAAGCCAGCAGCAUCUCUAUAAACUAAUUUACUCUUUGCGGUGACAUACUAUUUUAUCUGCAUCUGAAUAUUACACUGAACAAAAAUAUAGGUGCAACACUUUUGUUUUUGCUCCCAUUUUUUAUGAGCUGAACUCAAAGAUCUUGGACUUUUUCUAUGUCCACAAAAGACCUACUUCUCUCAAAUAUUGUUGACAAAUUUGUCUAAAUCUUUGUGGAGAACACUACUCCUUUUCCUUCACAGGUGUGGCAUAUCAAGAUGCUGAUUAGACAGCAUGAUUAUUGCAACAGGUGUGCCUUAGACACCUGUGGGGGGGGGGGGGGGUUAUAAAACGAGUCAGUAUCUGGUGUGACCACCAUUUGCCUCACACAGUGCAACACGUGUCCUUCACAUAGAGUUGGUCAGGUUGUUGAUCGUGGCCUGUGGAGUGUUGGUCCACUCUUCUUCAAUGGCUGUGUGAAGUUGCUGGAUAUUGGCAGGAACUGGAACAUGGUGUGGUAUGCUGAUUCAGAGCAUCCCAAACAUGCUCAAUGGGUGACAUGUCCAGUGAGUAUGCUGGCCAUACAAGAACUGGGAUGUUUUCACCUUAAGGAAUUUAGGACAGAUCCUUGCAACAUGGGGCCGUGCAUUAUCAUGCUGCAACAUAAGGUGAUGUCACGGCUGAAUGGCACAACAAUGGGCCUCAGAGUCUUAUCACAGUAUCUCUGUGCGUUCAAAAUGCCAUCAAUAAAAUGCAACUGUGUUCGUUGUUCAUAACAUAUGCCUGCCCAUACCAUCACCCCACCUCCACCUUGGGCCACUUAAUUCACAACAUUGACAUCAGUAAACUGCUCACCCACUCAAUUCCAAACAAGCUGUCUGCCAUCUGCCCUGUACAGUGAAAACCGAGAUUCAUCUGCGAAGAGAACACCGCUCCAAAGUGCCAGAAGGCAUUGAAUGUGAGUAUUUGCCCACUUAAGUCGGUUAUGACGACACACUGCUGUCAGGUCAAGACCCUGAUGAGGACGAUGGACAUGUAGAUGAGCUUCCCUGAGACGUUUUUUGACAGUUUGUACGAAAAUUGUUUAGUUAUGCCAAUUGUUGCAGCAGCUGUCUGGGUGGCUGCUCUCAGACGAUCUUGGAGAUGAAGAUGCUGGAUGUGGAGGUCCUGGGCUGAUGUGGUUACACGUGGUCUGCGGUUGUGAGGCGGGUAGGAUGUACUGCCAAAUUCUCUGAAACGCCUUUGGAGGUGGCUUAUGGUGGAGAAAUGAACAUUCAACUCACGGGCAACAGCUCUGGUGGACAUUCCUGCAGUCAGCAUGCAAAUCACACGCUCCCUCGAAACUUGUGACAUCUUGGCCUUUUAUUGCGGCCAGUCUACAGCAAAUGUGUGCAAUACUCAUGCUGUCUAAUCAGCAUCUUGAUAUGCCACACCUGUGAGGUGGAUGGAUUAUCUCAGCAAAGGAGAAGUGUUCACUAACAAAGAUUUAGACAAAUUUGUCAAAAAUAUUUAAGAGAAAAGGGUCUUUUGUGGACAGAGUAAAAGUCUUUGAGUUCAGCUCAUGAAAAAUGGGUGCAAAAACAAAAGUGUUGCAUUUAUAUUUUGUUCACUGUAUGUGCAAUUUAUGUCAAUGCACUGCACAUAUUUAAAAUAACCUCCAGGACCUUACCUGUGUGUCCCUCAUGUACAGUUUGGAGCACUGUGGCAAGCAUCGUCUAAAGCCAGGGAUAAAGAAAUGUAAGUCCUUCUUCUGGAAGUGUCUGUAAUAAUUAAUCACAUUGGUAUAAAAGACUUGAUGACAAAGAUUUAUUAUGGUCUAGACUUUUGUUCAAUACUAGAAAUCAGUAUUUAUAGACUUUAAACUAGACCUAAAACCCAAAAAAUGUUCACCAGUGUAUAAUUCUCCUUCAGAUGAUGGGGCUCUGAAGCUUGAUGAGAACACGGCAAGCAGGAGGCUUAUUCUGACUGACGAAAACAGGAAAGUGAAAACUGUAAAGAACGUGGAGGAGAAGGUUAAACGACCAGAAAAUGAAGACCGGUUCAAGAGGUCUCAGGUGUCCUGUGAGCAGGGCCAGGCAGGUCUCUGUUACUGGGAGGUGGAGUGGAAAGGGACUGUGGGCAUUGCGGUGACAUACAAAGGAGUGGGAAGGAAAUGGGACAGUAAGAGUGGUCUGGGAUGCAAUGACCAGUCCUGGAGUCUGCUCUGCUCGAAGGACGGAUACACUGCCAUACAUGGAAAGACAUCCAAACAUAUAAAAGAGCCAUUUUCCCAAAAAAUAGCUGUGUUUUUGGAUUGGGAAGCUGGCACUCUUUCUUAUUACUGUGACAAAUCAGGAGAGCUGAGCCUCAUUCACACUUUCAAAGCAGAGUUCACAGAAUCUGUCUACCCAGGCUUCUGGUUCAAGAGGGGCUCCGUAACUCUCUGUGAGAUAGAUGACACGCCUCUUAGAUGGAGUGAAAUCAAGGCUGAAAACCCUGAAAAAAAAGCAGAGAAGGAAAGAAAAGUGAGAUUCAGAGUGAAGAAAUCUGCAGUUCCUCAAGCAGCAUCACAACUCAAAAGUGAGUCAGUCCUUUCUCAGCCCCAAGAUCUCACUGCAUCUUCUGCCCCCUUUUGCUAG